AAUCCUCUUGCCUCUCCUUUCUUCUCUUGGUCUCGUAUGUCAGCAGCAGGCGAGCAUUAGCGAGAGACGAGGGCAGCUCCCCUUUCGCCCCCAACUUCUCAUUCAGUCCUUCUCAGCUGCACGCCCGAGCACCGCACAUUCCGCACUAUGGCUGCAACGGACGUGGACGUGUUUUCGAAUGAAGAGAAACGCAGCCUCAAUCUGGGCGGCCAUGUUGGAUUCGACAGCCUCCCCGACCAACUGGUCAGCAAAUCGGUCACGCAGGGUUUUUGCUUUAACAUCCUUUGUGUAGGGGAGACGGGCAUCGGCAAGUCGACGCUAAUGAACACGCUCUUCAACACCAUGUUUGAGAAUGAGGAGGCCAGCCACUACCAGAACGGUGUCUACCUGCGUCCGCGGACAUACGACCUGCAGGAGAGCAACGUCCACCUCAAACUCACCAUUGUGGACACCGUCGGCUUCGGCGACCAGAUCAACAAAGACGACAGUUACAAGCCCAUUGUGGACUACAUCGACACUCAGUUUGAAAACUACCUGCAGGAAGAGCUGAAGAUUAAGCGCUCGCUGUUCAACUACCACGACACCAGGAUCCACAUCUGCCUCUACUUCAUCGCCCCGACGGGACACUCUCUUAAGUCCUUGGACCUGGUGACGAUGAAGAAACUAGACAGCAAGGUCAGCAUCAUUCCCAUCAUUGCCAAAGCUGAUACGAUCUCCAAGAGCGAACUCCACAAAUUCAAAAUCAAGAUUAUGAGCGAGCUGGUGAGCAACGGCGUCCAGAUAUAUCAAUUCCCAACAGACGACGAAGCCGUCAGCGAGAUCAACUCCUCCAUGAACGCUCAUCUGCCCUUUGCCGUGGUGGGAAGCGUGGAAGAAGUUAAAGUUGGGAAUAAGACGGUGAGGGCCAGACAGUACCCCUGGGGUGUCGUGCAAGUGGAGAACGAGAGCCACUGCGACUUCGUCAAGCUGCGGGAGAUGCUGAUUCGAGUCAACAUGGAGGAUUUGAGGGAGCAGACGCACGCCCGCCACUACGAGCUCUACCGACGCUGCAAGCUGGAAGAGAUGGGCUUUAAAGACACCGAUCCGGACAGCCAGCCCUUCAGUCUUCAAGAGACUUACGAAGCCAAGAGGAAAGAAUUCUUGGGAGACCUGCAGCGUAAAGAGGAAGAAAUGCGACAAAUGUUUGUCAACAAAGUCAAGGAGACGGAAGCGGAGCUGAAAGAGAAAGAGAGAGAGCUUCACGACAAGUUUGAGCAGCUGAAGCGCAUGCACCAGGAGGAGAAGAGGAAAGUGGAGGAGAAGCGGCGGGACCUGGAGGAGGAGAUGAACGCCUUCAACAGGAAGAAGGUGGCCGCCGAGACGCUCUCCCUAUCCCAGCCUCUCAAGAAAGACAAGGAUAAGAAAAACAGAUCCGUAAAGACGGAGAACCAGUCGGGCGUGAGCGCCUCCAGCUCCAAGGUGAUGAUGGCCAAGGCCAACGUGGAGCCCUUGAACUGCCAAAGCUGGUGGCAGGCCAUACAGUGCUGCACCUGCCUGGUCCACAGCGCCACCUGGAAGCCCGGAGGCCUCUUCUGACGCCCCAUGGACGGAAUGAGGUGCGGGUGGCCAUAGACCAGCAGGGCGUGGAACUGCGAGGGGAGAUGAGACCAACACGAAAGCGCAUGAUGUCAUUGUUGUCCUCGUAAUCAUCCCGGACCUCUCCCGAAACAUCAGGUUGGAUGACGAAUCACCCACCAGCUCAUCACCCCUUCACUCAUUGAUGCGCUCGUUUGUAUUGUAUCGUAUUGUAUGUGCAGUGCUUUUCUGUGCUCUGGCCGUAGGCGCCACACCCAGUCCGAGUCGGACCGAAAAGGUAUGAAAAUACAUUCACCGGAGCGGACAUUCAUACAUUCUGGACAUUUAUUGGCGCCAACGAUCGUUCAUCUCUCGAGGAGCCGCGUUGUUAUAAGCCAUGUUCACUUUGCGCUCUCAAGUGGGGAAUUUUAGCGGAUGAUUCAAAGGGAGUGAAACGCUUUAUUUUUGUUUGAAUUCUGCCUUCUCAAGAUGGCCCGGAGGUAACGACAGCAUCUCACUGUUGUCAUGGUGAGCCGUUUGUGAUGAAUUAUCCAUCGAUUUUAUUGGCGCUGAAAGAAAUUUUGGGGAAAUAUAUUGUUCGGUCUGAGUCGAGAGUAUUUAUUUCAAAAUAUUUAUUUGAACAGUAUAUAUAUAUAUAUAUUUAAAAAAAUAAAUCUUUAUUUUGUAUUAUUAUUUUUUCAAUUGUUAUUAUAUUGCGUCUCUUUAUAUUGAAGUCUUUGUUAUACUUGAAGUGUUUGGGAGAGGCCCUCAACAAUAUAAUGCCACUUUUCCACUGUAUGUUGCUGUUUUGCUUUGCUUGUUUUUUUCCAUUUCAACAACUCUGGAUUAGAUACAACAAUUUUCCAUCUACUAUUUAAAAAGAGAAAUAAAUGUUGGAGUAUAGUACAGCAACAACAGGGUAAUCUAACAUGAGCUUGUGUACUUAUUUUUGCCACUUCUAGCUGUACUGUACUUGACCAACAAGCAGUGGUAGUUCCUCUUUUGAGAAAAAAAUGAAUAGAAGCAAGAGCAGAGGAGGCACCAUACAGUGGGAAAGGGGCAUUAUUUUAAUCCAAGAUGGGAAAAGUGUCGUUUUGUUCUGGCGAGAUUGUGACUUUAAGAACUUCCCGUCUGCUGUUGAUUCUUAUGGACGAAAUGUAGGCUUGACGAGAUUAACGACUCUGGAGGAAGCACGGCGGGAGAUUAGACAAAUCACCGCCUGAUGUUUUACAAGAUGCGCGUGAGAAAUCUUAGCCGGAAAGAAAAAUAGUCCCAACCAAAAAAAAAAGUCGCAAAACUUUGGCUAACGACGAUCUUACAAUGUGAAUGAAGUCGACGGGCGUGGAGGUGUACAAGUCCCAGUGCAGCUUGUCCAGAAUGAUGCGCUCCAUCCGAACGAUCUCCGCCGUGGAAAAGCUGCAGCCGCUCUGUGCAACCAAGUCGCUGACCGACCCUUUGACCUGUUUUCAACGCGGGGCCAACAACAAAUAAAAGUGUUGUUUGCAAGUAGC